CAAAUGGUAUUGAGAACGUCUGAGGACGAGACGUGUGUCGCGUUUAUUCGUGACUACUGUGCGUUCGCAGUUCUUACAACCAACUGAUAAAAGAUUAUAAGGUUUUUUGUUUUAAUUCGCGAAUUGUGCUUUUUUGUUUUCAAUUGGAAUUGAAAAAGAGUAAAACAUAAGUGAAUGAAACAGUAAAUAUACCGUUGUGUUGUGUUUUCGUUUGGUCUCCACGCAAGUUUAUUGUAUGUCGGAAAAGGCAUUUUUAACAGCUGUUCGAGCAUAGUAUGCUUCAUAUCUUGCCGGCUGCAGCCAAGUUCCUCGCAGGAUAUGGAGCAGCAGUGGACUACGAAGCUGAUUAACUGAUCUAGCGUCCUAAAUGCGGGAGGCUGCCUUACGAAUGUUGUUAUGACGAAAACUCUCGCUGACAAAACGAAAAACAGACAAGCGAAUUUAUAAGUAGCCAAUAGCCACAGAAUAAAAGCGAUACUGGAGUCAUAUUUUUUUUUCUUGCAAGCCAGUAUCGUGUGAUAAAACGAUAAGGUUGAGUUCUUAACGAAAAUUCGUUGCGUCUAGUACAACCGAUAAUAUAAUAUAUCGUUGAUAAAAUCGUGUUUAAAUUUAUUGUAACAUCACACCGUGAAAGAGAGUGGUUAGGAAACGACGUGUUUAUAUCGAGAACAGGGUGUGUGUAUGUGUAACAUAAUUAAUAUUUUGAGGGUGUGCGCGUGUGCGGUGCUUUUUAAAUCUUCGAAUAUCGAAUGUGCUUUUAAAAUGCGUGUGGAAGAUCUAUGGUCGGGGCUGGCAACACUAGGAUGGUUUGUCAGCAUCGUGGGAUGUCACACGCCGGGAAGCGAGCUCGAGUCUGUGAGAUAUGGACCAACCGACGAGAGGUUCGGCAGUGACACCUACACUGUUGCCAGUAUAAAUAUAACAUACAAGGAUGAGCAUGGGGAAUUGUACACCGACACGUCUGAGUCGGGUAAAUACGGCGAGGGCUUCAUCGGCUCGUCCCGCGGCAUGGCGGUGCACGUGCGCGCCAAGGGCCCGAGUGGCGAGCGGGACCACACCGGAUGUACGUGGCCCCUGCUCUCGGCGGCCGCGCCCACCGAGCCACUGCCUCGCGAGCCAUGGAUCGCGGUGAUUCGCCGAGGCAGCUGCAACUUCGAGAUUAAGGUUCAGAAUGCAUGGCGGGCGAACGCUUCGGCCGUGCUUAUCUACAACGACAGGGAUACAACUGUGCUGGAGAAGAUGAAGCUAUCAAUCGAUAACGGACGUAACAUCAGCGCUGUAUUCACGUACAAAUGGAAGGGAGAGGAGAUCACGCGGCUGGUGGACAACGGCACCAGGGUCAUGAUCGCAAUCAUCAAAGGGCGCACCUACACCCACAUCAACAGCAACAUCAACAACUCGAACGAGACGGGUACUUUUUACCCGACUUCGGUGCUGUUCGUGUCGAUAUCGUUCAUCGUGCUCAUGGUGAUCUCGUUAGCGUGGCUCGUGUUCUACUAUAUACAACGGUUCAGAUACAUACACGCUAAGGACCGACUCUCGAAACGCUUAUGCUGCGCUGCAAAGAAAGCGUUGUCCAAAAUACCCGUGAAGAAUUUGAAAUCCGAUGAUAGGGAAGUGCAAGGCGACGGCGAGUGCUGCGCGAUCUGCAUCGAGCCAUACAAGGUGUCCGAGACGUUGCGCUCGCUUCCUUGUAGGCACGAUUUCCACAAGAACUGCAUCGACCCCUGGCUGCUGGAACAUCGGACGUGUCCCAUGUGUAAGAUGGACAUACUAAAGUAUUAUGGAUUUGUGUUCACGGGCAGUCAGGAGAGCAUCUUACAGCUGGAGGUAGAGGAAGCGCGAAGCACCCUCAGUCCGGGCCGCAACCGACACCCGCUCACGCUGCUCACCAGCGACAACUCGUACGAGGAGGCGGGCAGCGAGCGAAGCAGCCGCGCCGCAUCGCCCGACCACUUGGUGCCCGCGCGCACCGACCCGCCGCCCGACAGAUCUUGCGGCGCGUCACCGACACAUAGUACACACAGUCAGAGGGCCGAGUGUUCCCGGGAGGACACCGCCUCCGUCAGCUCCCACACCCCCCACGACUGAGAGUGACCCCCACUCACCGCCCAGAGUGAUGUGCAGUGUAGCCCCGAAGUGAUGUGUUCAUUACGAGAAUCACCACGAAAAUACUCACAGAAAACGAAAAAAAAAUUACUUCAUCAAUGAUAUUCUAUGUACUCAGUGAAGGAUUACUGACGACGUAUGAUAAAUAGCCUUGUUGGGCCCCUGUAGGACUAGCAUAAGCGCCACGAAAUAAUAAUCUCUAUUCGUAUUUUUUCUACAGGGAUAUACAAGAUAGAAAUAAUUCAGUCGUGGCGCGCAUGCUAGCCCUACAGGUCUCAGCUAUGUUCAGUGUUCUGAGGGUCUUGAAAUUUGAGCCUUGAAACAAUCUAUAUAAGUUCAAUUUUACUCUGAUCAGAUAAAAAACUCUUAUUAAGGGUUCAUGCGAUAUUUCUUACUAAAAUACGAUCAAUGAGAAAUUAAAAUUAAUGUUAAAAAACUUAACAUUAUUUGCGUGUGAGGGACAAGGACACAGAUACUAACUGUUCUUUUCCCUCGCAGGUAAAUAACGUCAAAAUAGUUAACAUUAAUAAUUAUUUUUCUCUUGCCACAGGUUAUAUGCUUCGACUCAACACAUGUGCUAAAAGUGUUUCUUAACACGUUAAUCUAUCCAACGAACUAUUCAUUGGUAAAAAUAACCAAAAAAAAAAGUUAAGGAAAUUAAAUGAAUAGCUCGGUGUAUAAAAAGCAUCCUAUAUCGAGUGUAAGCGGCAUGGUGCGGCGGUGUUAUCAAUUCAAAAAAUUGCGGACGUAAUUUGUUCAGCUGUUUCCAAAUAUCUAAUAAGUAAAUGUCAUUAAUUUUGAAUAUUCCUUAAAGUUUCUGUAAAUCGGAUAGAUUAAAGGAGCAUAUUACGAUAAAACAAUAAUCUGUAUGUAACUUUACUUCACUAAUGCCGGUUCUCACUAACGCCGAUGCCUAAAUUAGUAACGCCGUCAACCGCACUUCUAAAGUUAUCACUUAGAGUUGGUGAAAAGUUUUUUUUAUAUCGCCUGAGUUAUUAGGCAUUCGAUUUAGGCUGCCUAGGUUGGGUGAAAAAGGACAUACGAAAAUUAAGGAAUAUCCAAACUCAACAGUUUUGUUGGUUACGUAUUUAUGCACCACAGAGUUGUAUGUGGAUGAACGACGAACUUCUUAGCGGAGUGGCUGACUGUUGUCUUAUAAGUGCGAGGCCCCGGGUUUGAUCGCCGGCAGAGGCAAUUUGGGUAUUUAUUAUUUCUGUAUUUUAUGAAACCGAUGUUAGAAGCCGAUCAGGGCUUAUAACUGUUAUACCUCUAACAGGUUAGCACGCUACCAUAUUACAUUACAUAAUCACUUACCAUCAGGUGAAAUUACAGUCAAGAGCUUUUGACGGAAUCAUGCGGCGUAAUGAAAUCCUUAGUACAUAGAAUGUUAUUGUUUCCAGUGAUACGAGUAGUUGCGGUGGAUGACAAGUGAUAUUUUUUUAUAAAUGAAAACAAUUUAGUUACGGACUAGUGUAGAUAGGCAAAAGCCGCGACUCCGCCUAGUCAGCGACUCGUGCGGUCAGUGCGUCGCGGACAGUGUCGCGUGGCGAACGCAUAAUUGGUAAAGUGGAACCGCUCUCAGUGCAAAAGUGACCUAACUUAAAUCUUAACUUAACUUAGAUUAAGGUAGCCCAAGUCGGACGUAUCUUCAUACAAAAGUUAUUGGCAGAUAUAUAUAUAGAUGAUUCUAAUAUUUAUUUUAUCAAUUUUUACUAAUAUGUUUAUAAGUAAAAAAAAUAAGAAUACUUAAUAAAGUCUGGAUGUGUACAAUGAAAGCUAAUGUCUAAAGAGAUUUCUUCCAUAAACCCCCGAAUAUUAAUAGUGACACUCGCGGUGAAGUCUGUACACGUUUUUACUGUAAUUACGUGUACAGACACAUUCAUGACGGGAAACAACGCGGGACGUAGCUAGUAUAAAUCUAUCUUUAAUGCCUGCUAUGACAAACUUUAGCUGUAGCAUAUCUACGUGAAAUUCAGUUUGUCACAAAUCGCGCCGAAACCAUGGACUUUUCCGGGGUAAAGAGUAGCCUAUGUGUUAAACCAGGUUAUAAUCUACCUCCAUUCCGAAUUUCAGUCAAAUCCGUUCAGUAGUUUUUCUAUAACAAUACUAAACUCGCAUACAUUCUCACAAACUUUCACAUUUAUAAUAUUAGGGGGAUUAUUCUUUAUCCAAAACUAAGCUAGAUGAAGCUUUAUCUCAGCAUUAGUAUCAAUUAUUUUGAACAUAAACCUGUUAAGUUUAGUGUCUACACAAAAACAAAUUGGGCUUAUAAUAUAGCUAUUCUUUUCACCAUGUUUGCUGAGUAAAAGGAUGGUACCAUUGUUAAACAUGUCAAGUUUUUAUGUGCAAAAGAAUUGCCACACAUAAAUAGACAAUAAAGCAUUUUAAUUCCCUCAUUACCUAUAUAUUGUUCGUAUAUGUAUAAUAUGUAUAUAGUUACACUUAUAAUUGCUAUGUACACUUUUAAAAUAAAAAUAUUAUGAAAUUUCUCUUGGAUGGGUUGGGAUAGGCCUUCUAACUUCUUCGGUAUAGGCCUCCUUCAACUUGAUUCAGAUAUCCCUACCUCGAUCUAUCCACUCCUUACCCGCAGGGCGAGCGACGACUUAACUAUUUCUACGCAAUUUCUUGACUUAUCUUAUAGAAAUGGGACGAGAAAAUGGUAGACAAUUAUCUCGCUCGCAUCUAAUCCCCCUACUGCUGUAUUUUUUAUGUCGUCUCUCGAUCGUUUCAUAGCUUAUUCAUCUUUUUGGCACCAUUAUCUACACCUAAAUCUAAAUAACUAACCAAAUUUAUUGAUGUGACUCUUAAGGCUACCUUCCCUAAAAAUUUACAAAAUGCAUCAAAUAUGGUCAAAAUCUGACUAGUUGUUAACAACAUUCAAAAAAACCUCUUUUGUCUUUAUUAUUAUUAUAAAUUUUAUGUUUGAUUAAGUUGUAGAUGGUAUGAUGAUAAAGCGAUAUCUAGCAUAGUUUAGGAUUUAUAACAUACACUUAAUUUGCCAAUAAAUAUUGCAUAGAGAUACUGAUGUCUGGGGUCACCUUAACUAGACAAGAUCUUCUUGCGGCUUGUUCUCGCAUACUACAACCAAUGUAAAUUAUACUUUAAUUAAAUGCGAUGAGAAUCGGAAUAUGAUUUUAUGGAAAAUUCUUCUUGUGUUCAUCGUAUCCAGAGUAACAAAAAUAAAGCAAAAAUAUCGGUUUCUGCGAUCUGUAAAUAGCAAUAUAAACAGAUAGACUGGAUGUUUCAAAAGUACUUUAGUACUUUAAAUGUAUGCAUUUUUAAUUUGAACCGUUUUCAUCAAAAGUUCAACUUUAAUUCUACGUCAUUAUGGUCUAUAAUUUUGCUUGCUAUAUCGUCAGUAGAUCUAGGGCGUGAAUGACCUUAGAGGUAAUAUGCAUUUCGAAAAUAGAUGCUUAAAUAGUGACCAAAAAUAAGUUAGGACAGUUUUGCACAGUUAGCUUCAAAACCAUACAAGGUACGACAAGAAAAUAUAUGUUUAAAAGAACGCAAUGCAGUCUUAAUUUGGCGCUGUUGGAUAUGAUGAGGGAUUUAGUGAAGGUAAAAUAAAGUUUGUUAUCAUAUUGAAUUUUUUCUUACUUGUUUUAUAUUGUAAACAGUCUUUUCUUAUAUUUUUAACAGACAAAAAGGUUCUUAUUUCGGUUUGUAUUUUUUUUAGUGUUUACGUAUGUAAAAAAAAAUGAAACCAUACUUUCUUGUAGGAAACUUAAAAAUCUCACUUGUCUUCAUUUAUUUUUACACACAUAUUUUCUUUCUAUUUUUAAAACAUAACUAACACUAAAAUGCGAUGAAAGGAUUGUUUACAUAAUAAGACAAGUUAGAAAAAAAAACAUUGGGAAAGCAAACGUAACGUAAUAAAUUUUACAUAUACACCUGUUUUAUACUGUUAAAAAAAUAAUAUUAAAAAUUACCUUGACAAUAAGUGUAUCGGUUAAAAGAGAACAUUAAUGAUAUUCUAAAUCUUUUUAUAAAAUUCGAAUUUUUUACCCUCCUCAGUUUUGAAGCGCCAAAUUAGUCAAAGUGUACGAUUGCUAAGUAACUGCAUUCAAAGAUUCACCCAUAUAUGGUUAUUAUACUCUUUGAGAGCAGUUAUCAACAAAUUGCCAUUAUGGAAGAUCGAGCCCUCGAAAUUGUACUUAAAAUUUGUUUGGAUGAUCUCAUAAGUAUAUCCUUUAUUUUCAUUAAAAGUUCAUUUUGGAUGUAUGGUAAAUUGGUUGUGGUGGCCCUUUAUUAAUAAAUAAUAUUUGAGUAAGGUUGUCCGUCCAUGAUUUUAAAUAAUUGUUUGGACACAACGGUGGCCGUUGUAACUCCGUAACGAAUUAGUGGCUAUUAAUUGAAUCUACUGAACUUUAUUUAUACUAACUAGCUUGCUGUCAGACUUCAAUUUAGGUUCUCAACCACGUAUUGGGAGUUUGUGAAAUUGUGCUAUGCGAAAGUUAAAUCUGAAAAGGCAAUUAAAGUGACGGAAUAUUUUAUAUUUAUUAAGAUCAUAUUAUAAGUUGUAAUCAAUAUUUUUGAACAUACAACAUAAGUAUGAGCAUAACCAGACAAUUAUUCUGUUAGAUUUUGUACGAUAAACAUACACUCUUAAAUUGCCGUAGCUUUAAGGUACAAUAAAGCCAAAAAAUAAAAGUGGUUUAUGAAGCGCCCUCUGAGGUCGUACACAACUAUAAAAUCCUGCACAUCAAUUAAAUUCUAAUCUUUAUAGAAACGUUAAAACAGUUUGUGACGUAAACAGUCGGCACAGAGGGUUUAUAACUAUUUCCUAAAGCAGUAUUAUUUUAAAAUGUUAUUUUGUUUGGCCUCCCUUAAAAUCCUAAUAAGGAAUUGAAAUUCUUAAACAGAACGUGAAUAAUAUUAAAAUAAUGAUGGUUUAUGCAAUGGGGGCAGUUUUUGUCGGACCCCAUGCUAUUAACGAAAUUUAAGUCACGCAAUGGAUUUCAUACGCAGUUAAGGUAUCGAUGCCAUUUUGAAUAUUUAGAAAACAAAUUUAAAGGGGCAUAUUUAUAAAUUUAGAUUGAAUGUUAUGAAGUUUAGUUAAAAAAAAAUCAGACUUUAUUUUUAAUGGUUUUAUCACCCUUUUUUGUGAAGUUUCAACGGUCGCCGUACAUAUUAGAAUAUUAAGCUUUAAUAACCCAAUAAAAUUUUGGAACAUAGCCCAACAGAAGAAUAUAAAUUUUCCUUUUUAGUAUUACAAUACAAUUGUUGCCAUAUAACUCUAAAUUGAUUACUGAAACAGUAGCUUAUGAUUUACUUUUUUAAGGGUUUAAAUUUUCAAUGAUGCAUAGUUAAGUAUGGUAGGUACUAUGUUUAUUUUUUUACGAAAUAACUGUGCUACCGUAAUGCUAACACCCAUUUAUUUAAUGAUGACACUGGUGCUGAAUAGGGUAACUUAUUACCUGUGAUACUGAAAUACUAAAUACGAACAGAAUUUGUGCUGUAAUUUUUGAUACCUCAUCAACGUCAAUUUAAACGUCACAAAUUGCGGGUAAAAGCCUGUUGCUAUUUUAUUGUCACAGAGACUACCUCAUAGGGUAAAAUGAGAAUGGACUUAAUGUUACUCGUUUCAGAAGCCAUAUUUAGCCACGUUUACAAACUCUCUGCCAAGAGUUCUGGCUGUAGAUCUGUGAAAAUUCAACUUAAAAAAAUAUGGAUAAGUUUUAGUUUGCUACUGUUUCGAUACUCUUAAGAGACUUGAUUGCAAAUGCAAUAUCUUGUACUAGAAUCUUAUUUGUUCAUAAAUCUCCUAAAUUAAUAAUAAAUUGACAGGUCCCUAAAUAGUGUUAUCUUUAGGCACAUCAUAUUGUGAAAAGGAUAGUAGCACUAUUUAAAAUCAAUCAAUUUCGUUAAAAAAUAGAAUACAACUCUAUUACCACCUGUACAUUUCAAGGUCAUCGUAGAAAUGCCUUUGAAAUUCUUGAAGGAAAGCUCUUUUCGUUGGUCUAGGUAUCCUUAUUAAAUAAUCACCUUUUCUGUUUUAAUGUGCUAAUAUUUAAGUUUUGAGUCAAUAUAUACUAUGUUGCUACACAUAUUAUAGUAUUGCGCUGUUGGGGCUCACUAAUCCAGAACCAUUUUCAGUGGAUAGGAUAAUCGGGUGUCGAAUUUAUUUGGGACAGAAUGAAGACUUUUAGUUAGCAUCUUAUAUGAGUACGUGACCAAAGAUAUUUUUCUGGAGCUCCUUGAGCAAUCUGGAAACGCGAACUUCGGGCUUGUGUUGUGUUCAGAAGAAAUGGAGAAUGCCUGCGAGUAUUUCUUAUAUCUCCUAAGGUCUUGUGCGAAAUAGCGAAAAAGCCUUUGUACAUUUGGUUGCAUUAAUUCCUCCAGAAUAGGAGUUUCCAGUAUCUCGAUUCACUGAUCUUUUACUGGAUUUACAGAUCAGCGCUGUUCCAGCAGAAAGCUUUAAUGCUGAGUGAAACCGUUACGUUGUUUAAUUUACGGAAUACACUACUAGAAGAUGCUUUUUUUUGGUCUGGUAUCGCAUUCAGGUUUCUGGAUAAUGUAUUUGCUUUAGCAUAUAUGGAGAUAUAAGGAUAGGCAAUUUAUUCAUAUAUAGUCCUAAGCCAUCAUAAGUGCUUUCUUUGGAAUGUUGGAUUACCAUAGAAUUUGCUAGAAGCAUGACCAAAAUGUGUAACGAAAACUUUUAAAACAUUAUUUCAAUUGGACAAGGGCUAUAUUAUGUAAUCGGAGAAAACUUCUAAUUUUCAAGUUUUCCGUACUGUCCCAAACAAAUAUGACACCCAAAAACUUUGUUUAAAUUUCGUGGCUCUUAAAAUAUGGUAGUUAAUAAAAUCUAGUCUUGAGUUUAACUAUGAAUUAUAUCGCUUUUUGAGACCUAUGUGUCAGAUGUGCCUAAAUUUUUUUUUGGUUCGUUUAUACAUUGUAUACCAAAGUCAUAAUAAUAAAUCGAUACUGAAAAGGCUUGCGAACCGUUUGCUAUAUAGCUAAUAUGUAUUUUAUUUGCGAGCAUUAAGGUUGCCUAUGCACUGGCUAGCCAUAACUUUAUUACGGAACUUGAUUGAAUCAUUGUGCUUUUCUCAAUGAUUGUUAUUAGGUUAACUGAGAUUUUAUUUAAGCAAUGGGAAAGAAUUGUGUUGAUAGGAAUUUCGAACUUAUUGCAAAAUUUUAAUAAAAUGUUUUGCAAUCUGACCAGGAUGUUUACUACUUACGCUUAAAGCAGUAUUACUUUUAAAUUGACAAUUUAUGAUUUUGAGACCUCUAGAAUAAGGUUUAUAAUUCUGACACAAAUGCUUCAGCAAUAUUAUAAAAAUACUGCUUUAAGCUUAAGUAAUAAGUCGCCUGAGUUACGCCUAAAAACUUGGUAAUGCUCUUAAGGUUUUUUGACCGAGCUUUAUAAUGAACCAACAGUCAUACUGUUUACAAACGAAUUACAAAAUGGCCAAGAAAUCUAGAAAGAUUUCCGACAUAUGUUCCUUUUACAGACUGAAAGAAAAUAAUUGAUAUCAUUGGCCGCCCCUUUGAACUUGAUAUAUCGAUAUUUUUAUUGGUAUUAUCGAAAUCGAUACAUUUACUAAGUAUCGAAUCUAUUUAACAAUUCCGUCAAUUCUUCUUGAAAUUAAGCCUUUUCAGAACCGAUUUAUUAAAAAAAGGCGAUGUUAUUUGUUUCUAACAUUUAUUUUUAAGUUUUUUUUUCUAAGUGAGCAUUUAAGUUAUUACUUACGGAUACCACUUAAGGUACUUAUUAUUAAAAAUAUAGGGAUCCAUUGGAUUUCUUAAUAUUAACAAGGAGACUGGUAUGUACUUUAUAUGUAACAACAGAUAUCAUGUAAAAAUAUAUUUACAUUCCCUUCUUAAAAUGUUGUAAGCCGUACUCCCGAGUGUGUACAACAUGUGUUGAAAAUAAAAGAAAACCUAUACAGUAUUGAAA